UACAGCGCUUGUUUACGGAAAACAGGAGCCACCACGUGCUAAUUAGCUAUAUCGCAUGCUCAGAAGUGUAGUAGAAAUGUAGUUUCGUUGGAUGGAGGCAGGCAUCCAUAGCUGUAUGGAUCUGUGCAAAAUUGCUACAAUUUGACAUAACAACCACAUCAAAAUGCUUCCAGUAGCCUACCGUCAAAGGGUGAAAAUGUUUAUAGCGAUGGGAGUGUUGAACAACACACGGCAGCUUGCUCUGAAAGCUGUGAGAUGGCGGACAAGCACAAGCCCUUUCCCGAUAUCCAGAUCGUGGCUCUCUACUGUACCCCAGAUAGAGGACCGAAACAUCCUGCUAAUGGGUCUGCCUGGAGCAGGAAAAACCUCUGUGGGGCGUGUUGUUGCUCAUAGACUGGGAGUGCCUGUCAUUGACGUGGACGACCAUAUCCUGGAGGUGACAUGGAAGAUGCCGGUGGCUGACAAGCUGGCCGAGGUCGGAGGGGAACGUUUCCUGGAAGAAGAGGGUCGGGCUCUGUGCAAAUUAUCCACCUCUGGUAGUGUCAUCUCCCUAACAGGAUCCAACCCACUCCACUCUGGGGCUAUGCAGCACCUCAAACGCACUGGACUGGUAGUGUAUCUGGAUGUAGCCACUGAUGACAUCAUACAGAGGCUCUCCAGGAUGAAAGUGAACAGGAUUGUGGGCCAGGAGGCUGGGGUACCCAUCAGGCAGAUUCUACACUACAGGAAGCAGUUUUAUGAGAAAUGGCUUGACACUAGAGUGCUCUGUGGGACUGGAGAUACUGUUGAGGAGAUUGCAGAGAAGGUGCUUCAGGCUGUGGAGAGAUACCAGAACUCGAAAUCGGAGACCUUUGUGUCAACCAGGAGGGAGAACGGAUCAUCUAGUGAUUCAAAAUACUUCAGUGACGUUGUUUUAGAGGGGUUAGCUCCCGAUGGUGGACUGUACGUGCCCCAAAAAGGCUUUCCGAAGCUCGACGUACGAGAAUGGCUAAGAUUAGCAGAAAUGUCCUAUCCUGAACGAGCCUUAGCCAUGCUUGAAAAGUGCAUACACCCCAUGGACAUCCCUGGUACCGAUCUCAGAAGAAUGGUGUUCAGAGCUUACGGGGUUAACUUUGCCAGCGAGGCCAUUGCACCUGUGAAACACCUAGUUCAUAACCAGUUUGUGCAGGAGCUCUUCCACGGCCCCACUGCUUCGUUUAAAGACCUGGCCUUGCAGUUGAUGCCUCAGCUCUUCGCCUAUUGUCUCCCACAAAUGUGCAACUACCUCAUCCUUGUGGCAACAUCCGGUGACACCGGCAGUGCAGUGCUGAGUGGGUUCGGCAACCUUCAUGACCUGGACCGGCAGAGGGUCGGCGUGCUGGUGUUCUUCCCAGAGGAAGGAGUGAGUGAGAUCCAGAAGCGACAGUUGACAGCCUACAAAGAGGGCACCGCCAGGUCUGUCGGUGUCCUAUCCGACUUUGACUUCUGCCAGAGGGCCAUUAAGACCAUGUUUGGGGAUUCAGGUCUGACGGGGCAUUUGGCUGUGGAGUAUGGCACUGUCCUCAGCACUGCUAACUCCAUUAAUUGGGGAAGGCUGCUACCACAGGUGGUCUAUCACGCCUCAGCAUAUCUAGAUCUUUUCAAAGAUGGGGUUAUCAAGUUCGGAGAGCCCAUCGAUGUAUGCAUCCCUACCGGUAACUUUGGCAAUGCCAUGGCAGCCCUGUACGCUAAGCAAAUGGGAAUCCCGAUAAGAAAAAUAAUCUGCGCUUCCAACCAAAACCGAAUCGUUUCUGACUUUAUUACGACAGGGGUGUGUGAUCUCCGAAACCAGCCCCUCAUUGCCUCGCUUUCCCCAGCCAUAGACAUCCUCAAAUCCUCCAACCUGGAGAGAUUUCUCUACCACACCUCAGGUGGUGAUGGCUGUCUUGUUAGAGAUCUGUUCACGCGCUUAGAGAAAGACCAGUACUUCAAAGUCUCUGAGUCAUUGCUCCAAAAGAUCCAAGAGGAGGUGGUGGCUGGCUGGUGCUCUGAAGAGGAAUGUCUGGCUGCCAUCCUAAAUGUUCACACCAAAACUGGUUACGCGAUGGACACACACACCGCCGUUGCUAAGGCGGUUGCCGACCGGCUACAGGACCCAUGGUGUCCAGUGGUGAUCUGUUCCACGGCGCACCAUGGGAAGUUUGCCCCCACUGUCCUCAAAGCGCUGCGGUGCCCGAACACUCAUUACAACGCCUCAGAUCCUGUGGACCAGCUGAGGGAGCUGGCCUCUGUAGCGUCCACACCUCGGAUGCACCAAAACAUGCUUCAGUGCCUGAAGGAAAACAGUAGAGGAGAACAUACAGUGUGUCAAGCAGAUUUCAGUGUGUUAGUGGAGGAGGUGGAAUCCAUGAUUCAAGACUCUUUCUUGAAAGUUCUUUAGGUCUCUUUCAGAUAAACAAACAGGUAAAGACUCUGGGGUAGGGUGGUACAUUUUUAUUUUCAUUCAGUGUGUUGAGGAGGGCAGUUGAAAUGAAAGUCAGCCCAUUAAUUUAUAAAUCAUAUGAAUUCAUGUGUUUGUUUUUUUUUGUCUGAAUUGUGCAAUAUAUCUCCUUAUUUGACAGAAUUUGGGUUUAGGUGAUGUUUCUACAGCAACUGGAGAUGUCAUAACAUAAAUAUUUUGUACCCACUAGAUGGUGAUAUUUACCACAUGGCUCCUAUGCAGCCAAGAGGUCCCCUCAGGUUUCAUAAUAUGUAGUCGUGGUUCAGACUCUCCUAACUAGCCCCAACGGCCCAAUACAUGAGACUAAAUUGUGGAGUCAUUACCUUGUGCCAAAGGAAGAACUAUAUAUAGAACUAAAUAUGCUUGUUCAUGUUUGUCAUGCAGUAUGGUUUAACCCAGAUGUGCUGUUGGUUACAAGCAUUUCGCUACCACCCGCAAUAGCAUCUGCUAAACCUGUGUAUGCGACAAAUACAAUUUGAUUUGCUCUUGUUUAUUUAUUUAUUACAAAUGUAUGUUCAUUUCCCUUUUGUAUAUACUAUGUUAUGUAACUGUCAUAUUACAAUCCUCAGCAACACGAAGGACAUACUCGGGUUGAUAUUCAUCUGACUGUUGGUAUUAAAUGUUUGUUUGUGUAAAGUCA